AUGUUUCAGGAAAUGCACGUGCAGACACGUGAGUUGCUGCAGACGAUAGCUACAUUAGAGAUGUACCGGGAUCAAAGAGAAGUUGCUAACUACAUGGAACUCGCUUACCUAAGGCUUGCUGAUCACCCCGAUCAAGCCAGGGAUGUUCGCAUGACGGCGCACUCAGCUCGAACUCAGCACAUAAUGACUGCAGGGCUUAUGAAGAAGUUUACAGUGACAACAGCUCAUAUUGUCAACACAUUGAUUCCGAUGACCCUUGAUGCCGUUACAGAACUUCAGAGUGGAGAAGUUGUGAAAGAAAUAUUUGGUCAGAUAAUUGAGAUCGCUGAAGAAAUGAAGAUAGAGACCGAAUCGACACAGAAAAGAUAUCUGGAGAUACAAGCACAAAUUCAAGAAAACAUGGCGAGUGUAAGUAAGCGAAACAAGUAUGUGGUCGAUCAGCAGAAAAAGUUGGGUUUUCAAAUGGAGAGAGAACAACAGCUCGCCAGGGCGGCGGAACUUGCACAGGAAGAAUUGAAUGAAGAAAAGAAAAGAAUGGAGGAGGAGUUAAAACUAUUACAAUCCAAGCGCGAACAAUGUUGGGAAAAUACUGAGAAAGCUCGUAUAGAAUCAAAAGACUCGAGCUCAGGGCGCACUUUCUUGGACACGGCACUAUCGCCGGGACCGGCGCUAUCUGGGGGUGUAAAGCAGGGUGUAGCCCUCAGUUUGGUCUCAGCAACUGUCAACUUCUUCACUGGAUUGUUUAAUUCCGACAAACGCUCUAACAAUUUUUCAAAAUUGAUGGACGCUUACAAAGAAAGUCAGUCAGCUGUGGACCGGACUAGUGAUAAACGUUUAGAUGUUAUAAUGAGGAUGCAGACACAGCGGAAGGAAGCUCUUGAGCGUCUGGCAACAUUGAAAAGGCUUGGAAAUGAAACAG